GAUGAUGUUAAGCCAUAUCAGCUUGCUUCGUUAAUUGUGGAUAUUAAAAAUGGUGCUCGAGAAACUCAUAUCGAAGGAACACCGUCCACAUAUAUCAAGAUCUAUUCAGAUUGUUGGCAACAUGAUCCUGAUAAUCGACCAGAUAUUCAGCAUGUCUUUUUAGACCUAAAAAAUUUAAUUACCAAUGAUAAACAGUAUAUAAGUAGAAUUACUCAAGACUCAAAUACAUUAGAAACUCAUAGAUCUACUCGAUUAGUUGAUCAAGGCU